AUGGCACAGACAGAUUCAGCCACUUCAAAACCGUUCAGAGUCAUCAUCAUUGGGGCCGGCAUUGUCGGCUUAUCGCUCUCCCAUGCCUUACAACUAGCCAACAUCGACCACGUCGUUCUUGAAAAGCACGACAAGAUCGUCUCAGUAAGAGGCGCAGCACUGAUCAUCUGGCCGACCGUCGCACGCAUCUUCGACCAAUAUGGCAUUCUCGACAAGAUCACCAAGACCAUCACGCCUGUAGGCCAAGAGUACAUAAGAUGGCCAGACGGGAGUUUGAGUUGGCAUGAUCCCACUCUGCAGUAUAUGAGUAAUCUCUUUCAAGUACCGAGUAUCUUGUUUGAUCGCCAGGCUUUGGUAUCGCACCUAUACGAGGGACUACCGAAUAAAUCCUACAUUCACACUAGCAGGCGGUUUGAGAGGAUCGAGCACACUGAGACUGGUGUUCGUGUCCAUCUGGCUGAUGAUUCUGUGGAAGAAGGUGACAUGGUCAUUGGAGCGGAUGGUGUGCAUAGUCUCGUGCGACAGCUCAUGUGGGACUAUGCCUCGAAAUUUGAACCAGGAAGUAUACCCGAAAAGGACAAAGAAGUCAUGAGAUUUAGCGAGUUCAGAGGCUUCUUCGGUGUCAGCACGCAGACCGACUCGUUCGGUCUCGGCCCUGCAGAAACGCAUGUCAUUCUUGGUCACGAUAACACGAAAUUGCUCUUUACUCAACAGGGAAAAGCGUACUGGGGUAUCACCUUCAAAGACGAGGCUCAUCUGCCAGAGAAGAGAGCCAAAGCCACCGAAGCAGACAUUGAGGCGGUAGCGAAGAGAUUCGCCGACUAUCCUAUGACAGAUAAAAUUAAAAUAGGAGACUUAUGGAAGACUAAUACUCGGCACGGUCUUCUCACCGUCGAAGAAGGCAUUCUAGGUAAAUGGCACGCCGGACGCAUAGUUCUCGUAGGUGAUUCAGCACAUAAGAUGACCGCCGACCUGGGUAUGGGUGCCAAUAUGGGCAUAGAAUCUGCCGUCUACCUCUGCAACAUUCUUCACCGAGAAUUCGGCUCGAAUUCUACUCGACAUAUCGCCAUUCCCGAGCUCGCGAACCUCUUCGCCGAAUAUCAAGCCGGUCGCCACGAACGAGCGAGCAAGUUUGUCGAAAUGAGUGGCCAGGUGACACGUAUGAAUAGCUACCAAUCGUACUUUGAUCGAUUUUUUGUUGGGUAUGUGGUGCCUUAUAUCAUGCCCCUGCAGAGGAAAGCUUUUGCGAAGUCGUUGGCCAUGGGUCCGAAAGUGGAGUAUGCGCCGACGAGGACGAUCAACGAGGGCGCAGAGGGAUGGAAGUUGGGUCAGAAAAAGGAUAGAAACAAGGUUUGGCCGUCGUAUGUCAUCGUGUCAGUUACCUUAGCAGCGAGCUUUAUGUAUUUCCGGUCUUAA